UAAGCCUACGAAGUCAUGCUCUUCCUUAUAAGCAUCCUCUGGCUUGAUUCAGAUAUUCGUUCACUCACUGUCACUUUUCAGAGCGAACUAUACAGAGACACACACACUCUCUCUAUCUCUCUCAACCAUCACUUGCUUCUACAGAGAGAGAUAAUGAUGAGUUCUUUUCUAUUUUUGGUAACUCUGAUUCUUGCCGUUUCUUUCUCCGUUCACUCUUGCCCGCCGUCCGAUCGGGCGGCAUUGUUAGCCUUCAAGGCCGACCUGAAGGAGCCCUACUUGGGCAUCUUCAACUCCUGGACCGGUACAAAUUGCUGUCUAAAUUGGUACGGCGUCAGCUGCGACCCUUCCACCGCCCGCGUCGCCGACAUCAACCUCCGCGGCGAGUCGGAGGACCCGAUAUUCGAGAAAGCUGGCCGCACUGGCUGUAUGACUGGCACAAUCUCGCCGGAGAUUUGCAAGCUCGACCGCCUCACCAACGUUGUUGUUGCAGACUGGAAGGCCAUCUCCGGUGAGAUUCCCGACUGCAUUGUCUCCCUCUCCUCUCUCCGCGUGCUCGACCUCAUCGGUAACCGCCUGUCCGGCGAGAUUCCUGCUGGAAUUGGAAACUUGCAGCGGCUCACGGUGUUGAACCUCGCCGACAAUGCCAUCUCAGGCAGGGUUCCUCCCUCCAUCGUCAACCUCGCAGCACUCAUGCACCUCGACCUCAGCAACAACCAGCUUUCCGGCGAACUUCCCUCCGAUUUCGGCAAACUCAGCAUGCUCAGCCGCGCGCUGCUGAACCGAAACCAGCUCACCGGCUCCAUCCCAACGUCCAUCUCCUCCAUGAGCCGGCUCGCGGACUUGGAUUUGUCCAUGAACCGUCUCUGCGGUUCAAUCCACAGCGAGCUCGGUUCAAUGCCGGUUCUUUCGACCCUCAAUCUAGACAGUAACUCUCUGUCGGGUCAAAUCCCUCCAAACCUGCUGGGUAACUCGGGCAUGGGCAUCCUGAACUUGAGCCGAAACGCGUUGGAAGGCCAAAUACCAAACGUGUUCGGGUCAAAAUCAUACUUUAUGGUGUUGGAUUUAUCAUAUAACAAUUUGAAGGGUCCGAUACCCAGUUCUCUAUCAUCGGCCAAGUAUAUCGGGCACCUGGACCUGAGCCAUAACCACCUGUGUGGGUCCAUACCCGUCGGGUCUCCGUUUGAUCACCUUGGAGCUUCCUCCUUUGCUAACAAUGACUGUUUGUGUGGAAAUCCCUUGAAGACUUGCUGAGAAGCGACCCGACCCAGAAAGAGUUUCGGGUACCCGGAAAGCCACCAGUAUGUGUGUGUGUGUGUUGAUUCUCACAAACAAGUCACAUUCAAGCAAUCAAACGUGUCACUGUGUUUGAUUUUUUAUAUCAAUUCGUAACAUAUAAUGUGUGAUAUAUAUCCGAGUACGUUGAUAACUUGAUAUGUUACUUAGUACGAAAUAUUUUGAAGUGAAAUUGAGAAGGGGGAAGAAGAGAGAUGUAUCUAAAUGGUAUAGUGCUUGACUUAACUGUGAAAUAUUCCCAACAUCACCUGCUUAGGAGCAUAAAUGAUAAGUCAUUGGGCAAAGGUCAAGAAAGUGUUUAAUAUAAUACUUCCUGUAUUGCACGUGAAGUUAGUUUCACUUGUAUUGUUGAAAAAUAAAUUGGCUAAGGCUUUUAUGCAUUGGGUUUUAAUAUUUGUCUAAGAUGUGAGGGUUGCUACUUUAUUGGGAUUGUGAAUGUAUAUAACCUAGCAAUGUCUGUCAAGAAUUUUACGAAUCUAUGGCCGAUGAUAUGGUUGUGAUCACUUGUUAAAACCUUGAGUUCUGCCUUCAUCAUAUAAAUUAUAUUAAAAUUAUUUAUA